UUAAUUUUCUCUAGAUUCGGGCCAGAGUGAAUGGGUUUUUCAGGCAUACCCGCUCUCACUCGUCACUAUGCUUUCUGCUACUUUGCAUCAGUAUCACCAUUCUCAUCUUCACUCAUUCACAUUACUCCUUCAACAAAGCUACUCACCAGAAAAUUCUCUCUUCCCAUUAGAAUGUCUUCUACAAAUCCCAAUGUGAAGAAACACAUAGCACCCUAUGGUUCUUGGAAGUCGCCCAUCACCGCUGAUAUCGUUUCUGGAUCCACUAAACGCCUCGGUGGCUUUUCGGUUGAUUCACUUGGUCGUCUUUUCUGGCUAGAAUCUCGACCUACAGAGUCCGGACGAGCGGUUAUUGUGAAGGAACCAGGGAAACCAGGGGAAGACCCUAUAGAUGUAACUCCUAAAGAUUUUGCUGUGAGGACGUUGGCUCAGGAGUAUGGUGGUGGUGAUUUUUGUAUACAAGGAGACAUUUUGAUCUUCUCUAAUUACAAGGAUCAGAGACUAUAUAAACAGUCCAUUUCGUCCUUAGAUUCUGCUCCGUUGCCCCUCACUCCUGAUUAUGGCGGACGAAGUGUAUGCUAUGCUGAUGGAGUGUUUGACUCUCGUUUUAACCGUUAUGUGACAGUGAGAGAAGAUCAACGUGAAAGUGGUAUAAAUGCGAUUACCACAAUUGUGUCUAUUGCUCUGAGCAGUAACAGCGAUCAAGAACCAAGGCUGUUAGUUGGGGGCAAUGACUUUUAUGCUUCUCCUCGGAUUGACCCCAAAGGGGACCGUAUCGCAUGGAUUGAAUGGGGUCACCCAAAUAUGCCAUGGGACAGAUCGGAGCUUUGGGUUGGUUAUAUAUCAGAGAAUGGGGAUGUGCAAAACCGCAUAUGUGUUGCUGGUGGUGAUCCUACUAUUGUGGAAUCUCCUACUGAACCCCUAUGGUCUUCUCAAGGGGAGCUGUACUUUGUAACUGACAGGAAAAGUGGGUUUUGGAAUAUUUACAAAUGGGUAGAGUCUUCUAACGAGGUGCUACCAGUUUACUCUCUCGAUGCUGAGUUUACAAGACCCUUAUGGAUAUUUGGGAUGAAGUCUUAUGACUUUCUUAAGAACCACGACCAAGAUACUUUAAUUGCCUGCAGUUACAGGGAGAAUGGGAAGUCAUAUCUUGGAGUUUUGGAUGUCAACCUAGGCAAAAUAUCAGUGCUUGAUAUUCCUUUCACAGAUAUAAACAAUAUAACUUCUGGGGUUCAUAGCUUGUAUGUUGACGGAGCAUCUGCUGUUCAUCCAUCGUCAAUAGCUAAGGUUACUUUGGAUGAUCAGAGGACAGAAGUAAUUGAUUUCAAGAUUAUGUGGUCAUCGUCAUCUGUUAGUGAGAUGUAUAACUCCUAUUACAGUCGGCCAGAGUUGAUAAAGUUCCCAACAGAUGUGCCGGGUCAAUAUGCAUAUGCAUACUUUUAUCCACCAACAAACACCGAUUUUCAGGCUAGUCAUGGAGAAACACCUCCAUUGCUCUUGCGAAGUCAUGGAGGUCCUACAGCUGAAGCACGGGGAUGUUUAAAUCUUACCAUUCAAUAUUGGACCAGUCGUGGUUGGGCCUAUGUGGAUGUGAAUUAUGGUGGAAGCACUGGUUAUGGCAGAGGAUAUAGAGAAAGGCUAUUGGGAAAUUGGGGAAUCGUGGAUGUUAAUGACUGCUGCAAUUGUGCCAAAUUUUUGGUUGACAGCGGAAGGGUUGACGGUGAAAGACUUUGUAUUACAGGGAGUUCAGCUGGUGGUUAUACAACAUUAGCGGCACUUGCAUUUAAAGAUGUGUUCAAGGCUGGAGCUUCCUUGUAUGGUAUUGGUGAUCUGCAAUUGCUGAGAGCAGAAACUCACAAGUUCGAAUCUCACUAUACUGACAAUCUAGUUGGGGACGAAAAGGCAUAUUUUGAGAGGUCGCCUAUCAAUUUUGUAGACCACUUUUCCUGCCCCAUUAUUUUAUUUCAGGGAUUGGAGGACAAGGUAGUUUCACCUGAUCAAGCACGGAAAAUCUACCAAGCGUUGAAGGAAAAAGGAUUGCCUGUUGCACUCGUUGAAUAUGAAGGAGAGCAGCAUGGUUUCCGUAGGGCUGAAAACAUUAAAUUCACACUUGAACAACAGAUGGUGUUCUUUGCGCGUUUGGUGGGACGUUUUGAUGUGGCUGAUGAAGUUACCCCAGUCAACAUUGAUAAUUUUGAGUGAGGUAUACAACCACCGGAUGCUCUUUGCCAUAAUAGGUUGUUCAAUACCUGUUUGCCGUAACUAGGAAAAUUUUGAUGAUGGAGAGAGAAGAAACAAGAUGAUCUAAUUUUCCGGGGUGGUAAAUCGGCAAUGAUCAGAAUUUAAAAGUACUAAAUCAUUCUAAAAUAAGUUUAAUAAGCAUUAGAAGGAAAUUAAAAUUAAAUUAUGUAUUUCACUUGUCUAAAUCAAUGUAAAAUCAAAGAACAAAUAUUUAAUAUUAUUGUCAUUCUUAAUGUUAUAUUGAUUUCCUUUUUGCAUUA